UGACAGCCGACUAAAGAAAAGGGUAAAAUUUUCUAUCGCUAGGUGGCAGCUGCGUCCAAGACUAGCAGAAGCAGAGCAGCUGUAAACAAUUAUGGCAGGAAAAACUGUUGUUAUAGGAGGUGGAAGCGGUUUCAUUGGUACAGCUUUAUCAAGCCUUUUACGACAUUGCGGAUAUGAUGUCGUAAUUGUAUCCAGGGUUCCAGGGGCAUUUAGCACAACAUGGAGUGAUCUCGAGCGCCAUGGCUUACCCAAGAACACCACAGCAGUCAUAAGUCUUGCUGGUCAGAACAUCUUGGAUUUUAAACGAAAAUGGAAUCCUGGCUUUCAGCAAACUGUCCGUGCCAGCAGGAUAAACACCAGUCACAGCUUGGCGAUGGCUAUUGAUAGAGCUGAGAUCAAGCCUAGUGUUUUUGUCUCUACUUCUGGCGUUGGAUAUUAUCCACCUCAUCCAAGUAAAGAGUACACAGAGUAUUCUGCUGGAGGCAAAGGCGAUUACUUUGCCGAACUGUGUACCGACUGGGAAUCGGCAGCAAAACUGCCAGCUGAAGUCGGUGUUCGCCAAGUUACAAUCCGCUCAGGAGUGGUUCUUGGCAGACGAGGAGGGAUGAUUGCGCAGCUAUACUUCCCGUUUUUCUUCGGUGUGGGAGGACCUGUCGGUUCUGGCCAACAGUAUUUGCCGUGGAUUCACCUCCACGAUAUCGCCAGACUCUUUCUCCACGCCAUAGAAAAUGAGCAAGUCGAGGGUGUCCUCAACGGAGUUUCUCCCAACCUCAUUACGUCGAAAGAGUUCGCCAGAGCCUUUGGUGCGAGCCUUUGGCGGCCAGCAGUCAUUCCUCUACCCGAGUUUGUCUGCAACAUCCUUCUAGGUCCCGAACGUGCCCGAAUGCUGACUGAAGGUCAAAAAGUUAUACCCAAAAGAACGUUAGAUUCAGGCUUUGUGUAUAAAUUUCCCGACAUUCGUUCAGCUUGUCAAGAAUUUUGCCCCUUGGUCUACACAGAUGAUAUGGAUCCUGCAAAUCUUUCACGUUGACAUCCAACCUGCACACAUGUGAUCAAUUAGUCUUGAGUUUGUAAAGCGCAAAUGAGUUAUAUACCAUCCGAAAAAAUCCCGUUUC